AUGGGCAAACACCGUCUACGAUGGCCGCAUUCAGUACUGAUCACUUUAGCACCACGAAUUCGUCGUGGAACAGUAAUCAGCGCUCAGUACAUGUUUUGUCGAUUUGAUGGUUAUUGGUUCAAGAUGGAUGGUUAUGAAUGGAAGAAACGCCGCGAAGGAAAAGUAAUACGGGAAGACCAUAUGAAGUUGAAGAACCCCGAUUACGCUCUUGUACAUUACCUUAACACUGAAACGGAACCGAACACCAAGAACAUCAUGGACAAGAUCCUGGCAUGUAUCAAGUUGAACAGUUUGAAUCUUGGACAACAGCAACUCCUAGAUCAGAUUUCUCCCAUUUAUGCCAAUAUGUUAAACCAACAAGAUAUUGCAUGCAUCUGUGAGAAAUUGGGUAGUAUUUUGCGAGGUCCUCCGUCCAAUAACAAGGAUGAGCAUGAGGGGAAGUCGAGGUUCCUUUCAUGUUGCAAAAACCUGCCUAACGGUCCCGCUGUCGUUAAAGGUGCACCGGCUUUGAACAAUAUGGUGGACGGCAUGCCAGUUAGAGAAACCCUCACUGGUUACUCAGCUGAUGGACGUUCGCAUUCCGGUGAGACGCAGCGCAGCAGUAAUCAGGAUGAGGAUAUGGGUGGCACAAAAGUGUUGGUGAUUGGAGGAUGGUACAUGAAGGGUCACGAUUAUACUGUAAUGUUCGGAGAACGACGAAUACCAGCAAGAUUGAUACAAGUCGGAGUACUCUCGGUUAUAGUACCGCCAGCUUCCAUGAGUGGUUCCGUUCCUGUUCGAGUCCUGUGCAACGGCCAAGUAAUUUCAUCGGGUAGCGAGUUUACAUAUGAAGAGGAGCAGGAUGAACUGAGCAUAUCAGCACUUCGACAAUGCAUGGUCGAUCGGCUUCAGAUAGUUGUACAUGCAUUUGGAGCAAUGGAUAAGCUAGAAUGGGUGGCAUCCAUCGAUGAAGAUUCUGUGCUGUCACUGUUGCGAAGUUUGGCUGGACGACGUUUGUCAAUACCAUCGCUCCUCUCUGCCCAUCCAACUCUUCCUUCCAGGACGAUUCUACACAUAGCAGCAGCCUUAGAUUACCAUAGAGUGGUAGAGCACGUUUUAGCGUGGAGACGCAAUUUACCGUUCAGUCGUGAGUUUGAUCCAUUAGCUCGGGACGGUGAGGGUCGAACACCCCUUCAUAUGGCUGUUGCUGCUGGACAUGUGGCUUCCGCGAGGGUACUGGUUCGAGCUUGUCGAACGACGGUUGAUGUAUUAGACGACCGUGGAAGGACCCCGUGUGAUCUCAGUUGUGAUGAACAAAUGAUGCGACUUACGGCUCGCACAGGCGAACGAGACUCUGAUGAGCAACGGGCGCUUCCUAAGAAUGCGGAGGACGUCGAACAUGUGACAUCGACAGCGUUGUGGGUGCUCACCAAUGGGGAAACGGUCACUGACGAACAUCUUCUGAGGGACCGGCACCCCACUGAAGGAGAGGCAAGGUGGUGUGAUGAACCACUUCAUGUCGAGAUAUCAAUGGAUACAGAUGUUCAUGUGCCAGAUUCUCCGAAAAUGGCCGAUCUAUUCGAGGCUGUAACCAGCCCUGGAAUGAUGCUAAACGAUGGUGUCCGUGCGAAGAUGGCCUUACUGGCUCAGCAAAUCAUCGAUGCAUUGCCGGAUCGCAUAAAGAAUGAUGCUAAUCCCCUUCUUGAUGAGGAAUCAAUGUCGGCUGAUGUCAGUGCACAGUCAUCAUUCGCAUAUCCUGAUAACAAUCCCUUCCUCUCUCACCUCACUCAUGACUGCCCAGCUGAUUGGGAAUUUCAGCAGUAUUUCGCCAAUAAUCAUUAUCAGUUUCCUACGGAGAAGCCUGCGGAGGAUGUCCUUUCCUCCUUUUCUCGACAACCUUCCAGCCCAUCCUUCGAUCAUAAUCAUUUGUACCCGAAUAAAGGUGCAAAUAGCUCCUACGGUUCGUCACGGGAUAAUACCUUAGAGAGUACUAGCUUUGAUUUUGAUAAAGAUCUCGGUGAAUUUUUCAACAUGCGAGUCGAUGAAGAAGAGGAUCCAAUACGGCAACGGUUGGGUGGUCUGAAAUUGUCAGGGAUUGGAGGUUACGGUACUCUCACGGUAUGCUACAGUACAAAUAUGGUGUUACAGUAUGCUAUAGUACAAUACGGUGUUACGGUGCUUGGAAAUUCCAAAUGUCUUAGCAUUCCUGGGGUCGGUGAUCGUUUCUACACCGGAUGUGCGUCAAUCGGCUAUUUUUAUCUCAUUAAACAGUCAGCUGGCGGCGACUUGAGCAUAUCCAACGUGAACUGCGUCACUGGGUACGAGUUUUCGCCAGCCACGAAGGACUCGAACAGUCCGUAG